UGAGUCAUUUGGCACCUGCAGCUGCUGAAGAUCUCUGCAUUCUCACACCCAGCUAUUGUCAUUUCUGGAGGAAAUGGUAAUAGCUGCCUGUGAGUACUACACUAUCUGAAGAUGAGAACAAACACCAGAAACAGGAAGCUUUUACUGAAAAAAAAAAGAUACAGACCCUGUGUUAAAGAGAGAAGUUAUUCCGCUCGUAGGUUUCAUUCAGCUUCAAUAUUUACCUCAGUAAUGGAGCGCAUUCUGUUUCUGGCUCUUCUUUCAGGCAUCCAGGGCAAAGACAUCUGGGGUCCCGCGGUCGCCACGGGCCGCGAGGGCGAGUCUCUGUCUUUCUGCUGCGGGUACGACGAAGUCUACGCCCGCAAGGAAAAGUACUGGUGCCGAGGGGAGAGCUUUAGUUCGUGCCACAUCGUGGUGACGAGCGUUGGCCCGCAAAGUGGACGCACCUCUCUCAAGGACCACAGAGGUAGCAGAGAGUUUUGCGUCACCAUAAAAGACCUCACAGUGCAGGACAGUGGGGCGUACUGGUGUGCCAUCAGCGUAUGGGGAACUGACAUACACGUGGCUGUUGCUCUCAGCGUCGAUGCAGCGAGACCAGUGACCCCAUCGAAACCAAGCACAGCGAGCCCCACGACUAAACCAGCGACCACAAUCGCACCCAGCCCCUCUACGGGCCCCCCCGCGGCGACUAGCGCGGCGACUCUGGAGCCCCCAACCACCCCGCCGUCACGGAGAAACGAAACCGGCUCAAAGAGGCCAGAGAAGCCCAGCACAUUAACCAUCCUGAGCAUUUCUACAGGUCUCCUGCUCCUCUUCCUGUGUCUGGCCUGCGUCAUGGCCACCGUCUGGAGACGUACUGGAAGCAGAGGCGAGCUGGAGGGGAAAGGGGACAGUUCAAAGUCAUUUGCCGAGGCCACCGAGAUACAGUACGCUGAAGUAACUGUCAAUACGAGAAGUCAGCCCCUGAGUGACUUCGUCACAUAUGGCAAUUUGUAUUUUCACACAAUUGCUGAAGAUCGGUCACCAGAGGGCAGUGUUGAGUACGCUGCGGUCAAACGCUGAAGAAUCUCCGGUAUAAGUGGAAGAGGAAGAGCGCAAGAGAAUCUGGAAUAAUCUUCUCCAGCGCUGAAAAGAUGCUUCAUUUUCUCUAAAAGAGGGAGUGAUGUUCUUCAAGCAUAAAUGUGUGGCAUUUUAAAAAUGUAUAUAACCUUUAUUU